AUGGCCAGCGGAAAGUGAGUUGUCACACCGCACUUGGAGAAGUUCUAAUCAAAAAUUGUAACCUCCCAAUUUCCCCUUUUUUCAGCGGCUCUCCCCGUUCCUCAGGCGACUACGAAGUCUCAGCCGAAGAGCUGGUCGAUUUGAUGAGUCUGCGCGGAGUUGAAGCCAAAACACAUAUCGACACUGAAUUUGGAGGGAUCUCGGGGCUCUGCCGAAAGCUCAGGACUGAUCCUUUUCAAGGCAUUCUAUCAAAUGAAUGCGAAUUAUUGAAACGACAGGAACUUUAUGGGAAAAAUAGAUUGCCCGCAGGAAAUGCCCCGGAAUUUGGACAAGCGUUGAAAGAGACGGCUUUGGUGAGUAAAUUAAAUGUCCCUGACAAAAGAUUUGGUGAGAAAAUUAAACGUCCCUGAAACCGUAAAGGUUUGCAAAAAUUCAAAGGUUGCAUAUAAAGUUUUUCUCGAGGGCCUACAAAAUUUUGAAUAUCAAAAUUUUUUUGCCAUCCCCAAGAUGUUCGAUGUAAUUUUUCGAGGAGUAAAUCCAAAGCUAAUAGCGUGUCAGUCUGUCGGGAAAAUAAUGAGCACAAUGUCGCGGUGUAAGUCGAAAAUGUCAUUCCGCUUUUUGCCUCUUGGAGUAAAAAGUGCGCUGAAAGUGCAUCAAAUGAUAUGAUUUUUUGAGUAUGGUGUUAGGUUGUCCCAGGACGUUUCUAUGCCGAAUUAAGAGGUUGUAGGCCCAGCGGUUCCCGAGAUACAAGGUGGAAAGGAAAUUUUGUCAACGAGUAUAAUUCUGACAUGCUGAAACGAAAAUCAUUUUGAUUUUGCCGCGAAGACAAUUCAUUUUUUCGGCGGCGAUGCCAUUUUCUACGCGACAGAGUGUUCAUUAUUUUCUUGAUAGACUAAUACCUCUCCGAAAGUCUUCGCAACGUGCACACAUGUCUAUAGGCGUAUGUGUCAAUCUCGCGAAAAAUAUUUUAUUAUUUUCCCGACAGACUGAUAUCUAUAACAAAAACACAAAUCUCGUUCUACGACGAGCUUAAGCGUUGCAUUGAGGCGCUCCUUUGUCUUGUGUUCCAUGCAUUCUAAGCUAAUACUCAAUUACCUUUUCCCUACAGUCCCUCCGACCAAUCAUCCUCGGCAUGGCGGCUAUCGGAUCAACAGCAGCCUGCUCUUCCUACUUCGUCAAUAACCGGAGGAUGGUUCGAGCGGCCGAGGCCGCCACUCUGGUUGUUAUUUUUGCGGCUGUUGUUGUGUUUGUUGGAGCCUUUGUGCGGUUUCAAAAACUCCGAAAACAAUACGUAAUCGACGAAUCGGCCAAGAAAAAAUCAUGGGCAGAAUUGUUUUCCAGUCAAUGCCAAUGUAUUCGGAAUGGGAAACAGACGAAGGUGGAUGCUCAAGAGCUCGUGUGUGGAGAUGUAAUGGAAAUCGGGAAAGGUAGGUGAUGUGCAGUUAAUUUUUCGAAUACCAGUCUGUCGGGAAAAUAAUGUGCAUUCUGUGGCAUUGAAAAUUGCAUCGCCGCCGAGGAAAUGAAUUGUGUUGCGGCAAAGUAAAGUUGCUUUUCAUUUCAGCGACACGAUCGGCGCGGUGACAUUAGGCUAAUUAUUUCCCCGACAGACUGGUAGGCGUUGCAAGGCUUGUUGAAACGAUGUUUCUCAAUUCAAAUGUUGAUAUGGCGAAAGAAAAUUUUGAAGGCUUGCAAGUUGCAACAAGGCCGACGCGAGCCGGUUUUUCAGCUCUAAAAAGCCAACCUAUAUCCGGAGGGAUGCCGUAUUUUCAUCUGGCUGGGCCCACUUUUUACCGGCAGAGAUUUCGAGCUCGAGAUUUUUAUUUUGCCCGAGGCAAAUUUUUUUUUUAAUUUUGCAAAAAAAAAUUUUUUUUUUGUAAUUUGGCCUUGUCUUAUUGUUAGCCAAUUUAAUAUUGAAGACCAUAACUUUGUGAAACCCUGAAACUUCAGUCUUUGAUUUGGUUAUUUUUGAUUUAUAAACAUCAAGAAAUUAAAAGGUUAAAUCAACAAAUCAACUUUAUAACCUCAACCCUAAUAUUUGCUCGUUCAUUGCGAUCAAAAAACUCAUUUGUUUAGUCUUUCUUUUCCCUCAAUUCCACUUCACGAAAUUUUUCGAACUCGUAAUUGAACAUGUUUGCCGCUUCAGGGGAUCGCUUGCCCGUGGACGGGGUCCUGCUGCAGGCGUGGGACCUGCGUGUCGACGAGACCAACCUGAACAAGCAUUUGGACAAACAGAUUGUGUUGCGAAAGUCGCGCGAUCAGGACCCAUUGCUGUUCGCGGGCACUCAAGUUGUGGAAGGGAACGCCAAGGUGCUUGUGACGGCGGUGGGCGGCCGAAUUCAACUGGAGCGGCCCGACCCAAGCCCUCCGGCAACGCCGAGUCCGCGAUGA